CCAAGAUGGAGUUCCUGCUGGGGAACCCGUUCAGCACCCCGGUGGGGCAGUGCCUCGAAAAGGCAACCGAUGGCUCCCUGCAAAGCGAGGACUGGACAUUAAACAUGGAGAUCUGCGACAUCAUCAAUGAGACAGAGGAAGGGCCAAAGGAUGCCAUUCGAGCCCUGAAGAAGCGGCUAAACGGGAACCGGAACUACAGAGAAGUGAUGCUGGCAUUAACAGUGCUGGAGACCUGUGUGAAGAACUGCGGCCACCGCUUCCACAUCCUCGUGGCCAACCGAGAUUUCAUCGACAGCGUUCUGGUCAAAAUCCUCUCACCCAAGAACAACCCGCCUACCAUCGUGCAGGACAAGGUGCUGGCCUUGAUCCAGGCGUGGGCCGAUGCCUUUCGAAGCAGUCCUGACCUCACGGGCGUUGUGCAUAUAUAUGAGGAGCUGAAGAGGAAAGGGGUUGAGUUUCCUAAUGCAGAUUUGGACGCUCUGUCUCCCAUACACACACCGCAACGGAGUGUCCCUGAAGUGGAUCCAGCCGCCACCGUGCCCAGGUCCCAGGCGCAGCAGAGGACAAGUGCCAGCUCCUUUUCCUCGCCUCCUCCUCCUCCCUUCUCCGCGCCGCAGGCCCCGGCUCUGAGUGUGACCGGCCCCAUCACAGCCAAUGCAGAACAGAUCGCCAGGCUGCGGAGCGAACUGGACAUUGUUCGAGGAAACACAAAAGUCAUGUCUGAGAUGUUAACGGAAAUGGUCCCUGGGCAGGAAGAUUCAUCUGAUCUGGAGUUGCUACAGGAGCUGAACAGGACCUGCCGGGCCAUGCAGCAGCGCGUGGUGGAGCUCAUCUCGCACGUGAGCAACGAGGAGGUCACCGAGGAGCUGCUGCACGUCAACGACGACCUCAACAACGUCUUCCUCCGAUACGAGAGGUUCGAGCGAUUCCGGUCCGGCCGCUUAGUCCAAAACGCCAGUAACGGGGUACUGAAUGAAGUGACCGAGGACAACUUAAUUGACCUGGGGCCGGGGUCUCCUGCCGUGGUGAGCCCCAUGGUGGGGAGCACGGCACCCCCACCUUCCCUCUCAUCCCAGCUUGCUGGCUUGGACCUGGGGGCAGAGAGCGUCAGCGGCACCCUGAGUGCACUCCAGCAGUGCGCCCCUCCGGACAGCGCGGGCACGUGCGCCCAGACCACAGGGAGCUCCUCAGCCGAGCAGCACAAGGCGGUAACCUGUGAGGACCCCCAGGCUGCCGGAGGACUCACUUCUGCCCUAGACAGUCGGAAACAGAUCUCCGAAGUGGAGAGAGUUAAAGGUGGGGACGCUGACCUGGAGCCCAUAGACAGCUGGCUCAUGACCCAAGGAAUGAUCCCCGUUGCGCAGCCCUCUGUCAUGGACGACAUUGAGGUGUGGCUCAGGACGGACCUGAAGGGCGAUGACCUGGAGGAGGGCGUCACGAGCGAAGAGUUUGAUAAAUUCCUUGAAGAAAGGGCCAGAGCUGCUGAAAUGGUUCCCAACCUGCCCUCGCCCCCAGCGGAGGCGCCCGGCCCAGCCGCCAACCCCUCCAGCCGGAGGAAGCCCGCGCGCUCCGAGGACGCCCUCUUCGCCCUGUGAGCUGGUCUGUGGGUUGGCUCCCAGAUGGCAGGUCACCUGUCUCCCCCCAUCCGGGCACCGGCCACUCCUCCUGUCCCCAGCCCCACUCAGUCCUCAGUCCUGCACUGCUGUCUCCAUGGAAAUGCCACUGUGUUUGCCCCCAGGCCUCCCGCUGGUCAGGACAGCCUCUCUGAGGAGGUGGGACAGCUGCAGCCAGAGGCCCCUAACUGCCCGCCCAACUCCCACCACAGGUUCCCCUCCACUUCCUGCCGGAGGGCCGGGGGGGGGGGGGGGGCAGGGCCCGCCUCGGCCGGUCGUGCCCUUGGGACUGGCUCCUGAGCAGACACGGGGGCUGUCUCUCCUCCAGUUGCUUUCAUCCCUCAGCAGUGAGCCUGGUCCAAGGCGCCGCACGGCCCUCUGCUGGCCUGGGGGGAGCCAAGGCUGUGGGAGGGCAGCCCAGACCACUGGGCAGUGGGCACUGGCCCCUGGUUGGCUCCUGUGGGAUUGCACUCCGCUGCAGCCCCUGUGUGCUUCCCUCACGCAGUGCCCACCUGGGGGGUGGCACGGGUGGUGUCGCUCUGCUGGCUUGGGCAAGCUUGUGGGCGUGUGAGCAUGCCAUGCUUGGGGCUUUGGCCUGGCCUUGGCAGCCUCUGCCCUGCCUCCAGGCCCCCACUCCAGACGGUUGUGCCAGGCCUGCAGACCCAGAGGCCCCUGCUCUGCUCCUGGGCACAGCCCCAGCUCUCCACAGGCUGUUCUGACAUCCUGACCCCCCUCCCCAGACCCCUGGCCACGGAUCUGUAUUCUCUCCCAGCCAACAAGCAGCUAACAGCCUGGGGCUGAGUCCUCGCUGGGCGCCUCCUGGCCCUGGGUGAGGCACGCAGAGCCUGACCCACACCGAGCUCGGACCUCGGCGCAGCAGCUCAGCACCGCCCCGUGGCCUCCGGGCGCAGGUCAGUGUCCGGCGGGCACUGCCCAGGUGCUCGGACCAGGCAUGGCCAGGCCCUGUGUGUCCCCAGCCCGGGGCGCGGCAGCCUUUCCCGCCUGGGCUGCAGUGGACCUAGUGCCGCCGCUCGGACCAGCCCGGCCACGCUGAAUGUCACAGGAACCGUCCUGGUGAGAAGCAAGGUGUGCCCCCCAGAACCCAGGCCCAGGGUGGCGGCUACCACCUCCUCCAGAAAAGGCUUUGGGGCCAGGCCGUGGGCCCUCUGGCAGGACCAGCAGGGGACGCCCCACUCCAGUCCUCAGAGGACACCCAGGAAGCACUGGGAGCUUGGCUGCAGCUUCCAGGCUGCAUCUCUGGCAGCACGGCCAUGCCUCACCCCUGCACCCGGCGGUGGCACGGCCUCUCCUUGUCCGGAGGGAGAGCUCCGAGGCCAGCCUGGAGGCCACAUGCCGGAAGUCCGCUGGCUGGUGGCAGUUGUGCCCUGGGCACAGUCCGCAAGAUUGUCUGAGAGCCGGGGGCUCGGGGCCACUCCGCGGGAGCCACAGCACCCGCGUCCUCGGAGCAGAGCCAGCCUCCUGUCGUGCGGAUGCGGGAGUCCCCACAAGACCAGGGGCUGAGGGGCUGAGGGAGAUGAGGCUGCGGGCCGCGAGGGGAGCGGGAGCACGCACCUGCCUCGGGAGGCGCAGCCCUCACACCGCGGGCCAGAGCGCCCCGCAGCGGGCGGCGGGUGUGGGCUCCUGUGGGCGGCAGGAAGGCGCUGGCCCAGCAGAGCAGUCACCAGCCCCGGCCUGGAGCCACCCCUCCCGCUCACACAGCAUGUCCAGAGCGGAACAGGCCGGGCGCUUCGAGGGGCUGCUCAGCUCUCCUGUGCCCCCGCAGCUUCUGGACCCCUUCCUGGGGACCACAGCCCUCAGGCCCCUGCUGGGGGCAGGGGGGCCCCCAGAGAGGGGAGGGGACCCUUGCAGCCGCCAGCCCCGCCGGGUCAGAGUCAGACACUGUGUGUGCUCAGUUACACUGAGUGACCCCUGCGAGUCCUUCAGCACUAAUCGCGCCUGGUUACAGGUUAAAGUAUUUAUUUGUCACAAUAUUUCCCUGGGGUGAGCCUUUCCUGUGUUCGUUGUGCUGAGAUGGGAAGACUAGCCGGCGCUCCUGCCUGCCUCGGCAUGGGCAGCAGGCCGUGUGCCGCGUGGCCGCCCGGUCCCCGCGCCGAGCAGAGAUGCCAGCUCUCAGCACGCCGGGACGGGUCAGAGCUUCGGAACAGGGCUCGUUGCCUGGCCCAGCCUCCCGCCCGUCAGCCUCGGUGUCCGUGAGGGGCUGCCUGUCCGAGGCCUGCCUGGGCUCGCCGCCCUGCCCUUCCUCCCCCGGGGUCCCAGCAAGGGGCCUGGGUGGGCGUGCUGUCACUCAGGUCCCCGGCUGGGAGGCCGGGCAGGGCUCGACCCACACUCCUGCUCCUCCUCUUCCUUCCUGCCGACACCCCCCGUUCGCCUCCACACACACAAUGCUUCUCACUCCAGCCCAGCCUUCCGGAAGGUUCCAGAGUGCUGUGGGCCCCUAGGGAAAAGCGCCGCGGAGGGGUCCGUGCUCUUCGCGGCCUUGAGCCACCCACCGUGAGCCUCCACCUCCCAUCAGGACUCGCUCCUCUCCGUCCACCCGGACGGCCAGCCGGCAGGUGCCCGUGCUGCCCGCCUCCCGGGCCCCCGCGGCCCCCGAGCCCACUGCUGCCCUGGCCUCCGGGCUGUCCCAGAGGACGGGAUGGACAUUGACGCCUCAGUUCGCGGUGCCUGUGUGAGGCUCGGGAUUGCGGGGACCGUGGGAAGAGGAGUGUGUGGUGUUUUGUCCAUCGUCCCAGGAGCCUGGUGUGGGCCGGCGCCCAGCGUUGCCCAGCAGAGCUGGUCGGAGGGGUUCUUGCAUGUAAACUGUCCCAAUAAACAAACAGGUGUCCCUGUGA